AUGAAAUCCCUUGGGAAUAUUAAGGGGUUUGUCUGCAAUCUAAUGGGAUUAUCAGAUGAUACAGAACCAGUUAGAAAACGUUUUAAAUGCAACAGGGUUUAUGACGAUUUCUCAUCAGAUGAAGAAGUACCGGCUCUAAGAUCCAACUGGACUUUAAGAUCCAAAAAAAUUAAACUUAACUUACUAAACAAAGAAAAGAAGAAAUCAAUAAAAAGUUCUACCAUGAAAGCCUCGAAAGUUCUUCAAAUAUUGUCAGAAAAUAAAGAAUUAUCAGUUACAAGAACCUCUACAACAGUGCAACCUGUGGCUGAUGAGAACAUGGCAGGCUGUAGCGGAAGUAUUGACGUUACAAAACCCUCAAAGAAAUUAAAUGAAACAUAUGAAAUUAUAUCAGAUGAUGAAGUUGAUUCGAAUUUUACAAAAGUUAGGGAUACAGAAAAUUUAAGCGAUACAGAGAUGAUAAAUGACUCAUCAAUAAAUCUAGAAGAAAAUGAUAAUCAAACUGAGUCAGAUAGUUUUGACGUAUGGCUGAAGAAGUUGAAUGCUAAACACAAAGCCUAUAUGGAAAACUCGCGAAAAUCUAUCAAUGCUAUACUUCAGAAGUAUGCUUCUGUACCAAAAGUGUGUGCGGACUAUGAAACUCCCAGCUAUAGAUCCAGCACCAAUGAAAAUCUGCAGUCAGAAUCUAAUGCCAAUUAUAAUAAAACAGACUUUACAUCCAAUAAAAAAUCAAACACUACUUAUACAAACUUUGAAGUAGCUGACAUUCCUCGUAAAACACCUGACAAGUUGAAUACAGACUAUAUUGAACAAAAUCUGGCUGAAACUUUCAAGAUGGAAACCUUUGAUGAAUGGAUCUCCAAGAUAAAAUCAAAAUAUAAAUUUAAUUUGCAAAUUCCAGAAAGCACAGUUAGCAAAACAUUGAAUAUGAAAAAUGAAGAAAAUAUAUUACAAUCACAAAAACAACCAUGCCAAGAUUGGUUGACGAAACAUAAAACUGAAGAGUCUCAAGUAAUUAAUUCUAAUGAAAAUAUUGUAUUGCGAGUGAAUAAUAAACAAAAUCAAUUUAGCUUGAACCAACCAAGCUGUUCAAAAAAUCAAAUUAAAUUAGACUCUGAGGGCCAAGACACUCUACAAGAAUCAGUAGAAAAACUUCUCACAGCACCACAAAAGUCUAUGAUUGCAUCCAAAACGAAAGACGCAAAAAAUGAGGUGUAUUCAUCUGAAGCUGACCUUAUCUUAACUAAUUUACGGAUGAAUAGAUUAGAGACAGACCUAAGAACAUUACAAAAUUCUAUAGAAAAAUCAAUUAGUUCAAAGUUUAAGAAUGACCUGACUGAAACAAAGAAAAAUGAUGAAGAUCAAGAAACUUUAGACCUACCAGAUAUAACUCCAGAACAAAACGAAUUAAUUGACACAGCUCUUAACUCAACACCACCAGACAAAGUACUUAUAGAGAAAUUCAAAUUAAAGAUAUACAAGGAAGAUUUGGAAACUCUUUCAGAACAUAACUGGUUAAAUGAUAAAGUAAUUGAUUUCUACAUGAACCUCAUAAUGCAGAGGAGCGAGGAACAGAAUAACUUGCCAAAGGUGUAUGCUAUGAACACAUUGUUCUAUCCUAAGCUUAUGAAGAGUGGACAUGCUGGACUUAAGAGGUGGACAAGAAAGGUGGAUAUAUUUGCGUACGACCUCCUCGUGAUUCCAGUACAUUUAACGAACCACUGGUGUGUCAGCUUCAUAAACUUCCAAACACGUAAAAUUGAGUACCUUGACAGCCGAGGGAAAAGCAAACGGCCCUGUUUGAUUGCGCUGUUGCAGUAUCUGAAGGAUGAACAUCAAGAUAAGAAGGGGGUGCCUUUUGAUGAUAGUGGCUGGGAGACAGAGUGCCUCAAAGACAUUCCAGAGCAAAUGAAUAGCAGUGAUUGCGGCAUUUUCGCGUGCACGUUUGCGGAGUUCUCGUCCCGUAACGCGGCCUAUACGUUCACGCAGGCACACAUGCCCUACCUGCGUCGCAAGGCCGCGCUUGAGAUACUCACCGGGAAACUACUGCUCUAG